CACUGAAUAACUAUCACCUACGGUCGGUGGAAAGAAGAGCAACAGUCAUGGCGUCCACGGCUGCGACUCGAGCUGCUGGAUUGUCUAAAGUUGUAAAACCUCUCUUCAGCAGGGAUCUGGAUGAGGCUAAACGCAGGGUUCGGGAGCUGUAUCGAGCCUGGUACCGUGAGGUCCCAAACACAGUGUCUACAUUCCAGUUAGACAUCACAGUUCGCCAGGGAAGAGAUAAAAUGAGGGAGAUGUUCGACAAAAACAAGCAUGUGAAUGAUCCACGCGUGAUUGACAUGCUGGUCAUCAAGGGGAAGAUGGACCUCCAGGAAACCAUCAACGUGUGGAAGCAGAAGACCCACAUCAUGCGCUACUUCCACGAGACAGAGGCCCCUCGUCCCACUGACUUCCUGUCCAAAUUCUACCACGGACACGACCCAUGAACUGACCUCUUUUCAUGUCCAGUGUGACAGCUGUUGCCACUUGUAUUCAACUGUAAAUAAUAUACAAUCAAGAAAAUACCCCCUU